CAUUUUUCAUUAAACAUGGCUGAUGUUGUGUAGUGCUAGAGUUAAUCGAACGAAGGAAUUUGAACAAGUUUUGUAUAUCUUUAAAUGGUGCGAAUCAAAUCGAAAUAAUCUGAACUUUAUUCAGGGCGGUGUGGUUGUUUAAAACAAUAUUAAAAACAUAAGGCAGAUCUGCGAAAUCGUCAGAAAAAGCGUUUUUUCUCGAGUCCCCAGAAUGGUUUUUCUGAGUCGACCCAGAUACUUAACAUGAGUGCGAUCCGGAUAUGGUGGUGCACUAGAAACCAAUGAUGGACUCUCGUGAUGUGUCUACUAAUAACAACAACAACAACAACAUCUUCUACUCAUCUUCCUUAGCUACAUCAAAACGCAUGCAAGACGGUUUAUCACUGUUGUCGAUUGCCGUUCAAAAACGGGGAAGCGAUUCUGGACAACAGCCGAACGAUGUGAAUAGUCAGCACCAGGAAGCAUCAUCAUCGUUUCUACAACAAGAUCAACAUCAGCACUACUCACAACCGCACUCUCACCAGCAAUCACCUUCUUAUUACUACUAUAACAGCAGAACUGAAGCGCAUGACGAGGUGACUUUAGAGAGCGUUACAGUUGUAGGACCUUGGCGGGAAGUUAUAUUCCCUAUAGCAAUCCUAACUUUGUCAUUAUUUGGGAUUCUAGCUGUAGGGGCUGCUCUCCUCUUCUGGUUUAAGAGCAAUCUGAAAAGUCAAAACAAGUGCAAAAUUGAAACGUACAAGAAACUAAAAGUAGCAAAAACUAACGUAAAAAAAGCACAAGAGCAAGUAAAAAUGAGCGAAAAUGAGGACUCUCAAAAAGAAACUAUUGAAACAUCACCUUCCGCUAAGUCAGAAUCUCCUCGAUCGAAAAGUUUAGAUGUACCAGAGUCUGGAAUCGAAAGCUUUGUAUCCCAUGAUAUGCUACCGACAAGUGAACCAUCUCAACAGGACCCUACCAUUAGCACAAUCUACAAAAAUAUUACAUCAGAUAACUUGUCCAUCAUUUCAAACCCUGGAAAUUUGAAACGGGCACAAGCAAAAACAUCACUGAACAAUAUAUCUCAAAUCAGUACAUCACCUUCAGCAGUUCCAUCAUCUCCUCCAUUAAGAUCGGUCCACAGGAAGUUCAGCUUCAACCAAUCGAGCUUCUACGAACAACAAAUUUCCUCAUCCAAGGCUGAGAAAUACAGUGCCAACAACAACAGAGCCAAUAACGAUAAUCUACCCUAUUUUGGAAAAUUGGGAUCAAAAGACGAAUGUCUUAUUUCAAAGAUAGCUGUUUUGAAGGGUGAUGUGUGCUGUGUUCAGCCACCUCAACUACAACAUGCUGCAACUGAUUUAGACAGUUUGACAGUGGCAAGCCCUACAGCACUUUGCUCAUCUCCCAAAAUGGUGUUCACACAAUCUACUUCCCAAACGGACACAUUAAUGGCGGUACCAAUAACAGCUAGGGUACACAAGUUAUCGGAUGAUAAAGAAAAUUUCGGUAAAUGCUCAACGGCAUUCGAUUCUAAUCGUACUGGAAAAGGAUGUCGUGGUCAGUUUGAAAACGAAAACCAGACACCAUCCAACAGAAAAGUUUUAACACAAUCGCCAAUCUUUUUUGCAAAUGAACAAAACUCACCUAAUAUUUUAUACGAUUCUUCAUCUUCACCUACCUUAAUGCCAUCACUAACGCCAUCUUCCGUAUCUUCGUCAGCGACUUCCACUACUACAAAUACCACGCCAAAUGCAAAUUUGAACAGCGCUGGCAGCAAUGCAGGUCGUUUCACAUUCUCGCCCAAAAUGAUCAGUGAGUUCGGCUACCAAACGUCUCCACAAAGUGCUUCGAUUCAAGUUUGUUCUGGAAGUGCAGGAAAGACAACCAAUUCAUAUUUUCGUUUCCCGGAAGUGGAUUCUUUUACACCCCCAGUCAGUGCGCAAGCAACAAGUCAAAACGUGGCUGGUAAAACCACCACUUUCAAAAUACCGUCGCUUGUCACGUCAUGUAUUCCCUCGCUGGAAACACCAACCAAGGACGCUGUCUCCGAGAAUCAAUCGAUGAAGUUGUCUGAUGUGGAAAAAGUUGAAGAAGUUGAAUCUCCUGAAACCGAUGCAACACGUGAGUCCGACCGUUCCAACAUACCUACUGUUUCGAUGACUACUACUGAAUCUGUUAGAGAUUCAUAUCCUGUUUCCACCGAAGAUAACAUUCAGCAAAUGGUGUCGUCUAAUCGUGCAACGCGUCGAGCACGUUUAAAGUCAAUAUCGCUCGAUUCAGAUGGAGCUCGAAUACUCGAGGAAAAUUUUGCCACGAGUAUUCCAGUAGAGGAAUUAGUAGAAAUCGCAAAUCAACCACAUUGCUCGAUUAUGGGAAACCAAUUACAGCUGCCAUCAUCAAACCAGGGCCAUGCUCAAAAUGAUAGCGAUGAAAGUAAUUAUUCAGCGUUCAGAAAACAACGCAACAUUUUUAAUUUAACAUUGAAUCUGAACGACAAAGACGAUACUUUAAUGGCCGACGACGACUACAAGUUUAACGAGUUCUAUUUCGAGUAUUACGACUACGAUGAUGAGGAAGAUGAAGAGUAUGAGAUGGACUGUGCUACCACUGGUUCUGGUUAUAAUGAGAGACGAAAGAAGCAACAUUCUCAGUUGCAGACCCCUAAGACUCCUACGUUGACUCAAACCCGUAAGAAAGCUAGUUCGCUCGAUUCGGAUCAAUCUGUUGGCUAUUUACUUCCGCAACCUGUUAGAACGCAGAGUGCAAUGGACAAAAAUGAACACCGGAUUAAUAAUAAUCCUCGUUGUCCAAUAAACCCCUCGACAUCUACAAUACGCACAUCUUCAUUAUCCGUACCAACAACACCGAAAAGACAGCCGUACCGAUUGCCUCAGCAACAGUCACACGGCAAAUUCAAGCAGAAUCGAUGCGCGAACGACAACUCGACAAGUAUUAAUAACAGCCCAGCUUCCGAGCGUCAUCUCCUUUGUGGGUUCCAACAAAAGCUUGGAAGUUUUGAGGAAAAUGCGGAUAAUUAUCACAGUAAUUUGGAAAGCGAUGUAAAAUCAUUUGGUGUUAAAGCCCCAUAUACUAAUAUGUCUCAACAAAGAGAACAAAAUCUAAGUGUUUCUAAUGUUAACUUAAAAACUUUACCUGAGAUUACUCCGGUAUGUGAUUUUGCAGAUAAGUUGAAUGACCAGGCAAUGGCAGACAAACCACCGAUUCAAACUUUGAACAAAAGUCGAUCUAGCAUACUGCAACGUAGGGGAUCGAAUCAUAGCCUGACGCUAAAUCUUGAUGCCACAACAGGAGGCAGCGGCUUAUCAAAAGGACUAUCAGCGUCUAACUAUAGCCUGAGCAACUUGAAAGGAUCUCAUUUGAGCUUGGCGAGUUCAUCAUACAACCUCCAGCAACCACAAAACCAACAUCCAAAUGUUCAUCCGUCAGGAGGUGCGCCAAAUGUGCAUACAAAAAAGAAUCUCCUCCAGCGCCGGGGCUCGAAUACAAGUUUGAUUCUAAAUCUGCAAGGAUCCAGCAGUAGUUUAAACCGGUACAACAGCCAUAGUUCUUUAAAUAUACAAAAUCAGCAAAAUGUCAGACCAGCCAAAAAAUGUCUAUUGGAAAGGCGUAAUUCCAACACAAGUUUGACGUUAAUCAACAUACAGAAUCGCGCACUUUCCGUUUCAAACUGCAAUCUCCCGGGGUCCAUUUGUAGUCUCAACAGUAUGGCAACAUACCAGACACAGAAUGAGGCCCUCAUGUUGGAGGAGGAAGAAACCCAAAUGUCAGUGAACAACAAUCAGCCGAGCUGCUGCACUCGAGUGAUGGUUGGUGGUGCAACAAAUGAAUCUCAUCUAUCGCCGAACUGCCAACAACAUGGCGGGCGGCGAAAAUUUCUCAGUUCGGACAGUUUGCAUAACAUUACUAAUUCCCAAGCUAGAUGCUGUUGCCAGCAGAAGGAAACUAACAUGGACGCUCCGCAAAUGUGUUACCACCGUGGCCAAAUGAGUAAUUAUGGAGGCUCAAUAGAUGAUAUGAAACAACAACCAACGACGAAGAAUGCAGAUUGUUCAUGUCCAGGAAACAGAGAUAGUAAAGGCAACGAUAAGCUUUCCACGAAUGAUAUGUUCAAAUUCAAAUCGACAGUCACUUCGACAGCAUCCACUAAUAAUUUGACUCAGUUUACCAGCUGUGACUGUUGCUGCUGUAAUUGUGCGGAUGCGCUAGCUGGUGGGGUGAAUACAAUGAGUAUUAGUAAUACGAAUGUUCGUAAGAUAACUACGAAACCAUUGAGUCCACAGACCACAAGUGAGGACUUUAAAAUAUAUUUAGCCAACAUUCAGUUUCUUCAGAACGCAUCUAACAUGUUGUCGAUUGCUUACAUGAGGAAACUGCAUCACAUAUUCAAGAAAAGCUACAGUAACUACGACAAAUCGCAGGACGAUAACGUGCUAGCUGGGGCGAAUAAUGAUGUAAAACUUACAACCUUAUCUAUAGUUACGAACGCACCAUCGGACGAACCUGGGGAAUCUAACAAUCAGCCGGCUAUUGUGGAACCGAUUAAUGACAAUAGCUUACUAUUAACUGACGAAGAGCAGAAGAAAAUGAUCCUCAAGAUUCACCAGGAAUUUUGGGACUUGCCCACUAACUACCAGGAAAAACCAUUAGUUUUUGGAUCGCAAUCGAAGAAUCGAUAUAAAACGAUAUUACCGAAUGAACACUCGAGAGUUAUUUUGAAAGCAGAGUCAGGCGCUCACGUGGAACCUUACAUCAAUGCAAAUUUUAUCAAGGGCUCGGAUUAUACCAACAAUAGUUACAUUGCGACACAAGGUCCAAUGGCGAACACUAUCUACGAGUUUUGGCUGAUGGUUCAACAAAAUGUCGCAAAGGCAGCGUCACUUGAAAAUGGUAACUUUCUUCAUGUUGAGCAGAAGCUAAUUAUGUUGACAGACUUUGUAGAAAACAAUAGGCAGAAAUGUUCUGUUUAUUUCCCACAAGAGCUUAACGAUUCAGUGGUUUUCUGCAGUGCACCAAAUGUAGAUCCGCAGAUAGUACUUGAUAGUAGAGAUAGUAUUAUAGCUAAUAUUCAGGACAGUAUAAAAGCACACAAGGUCAAGGCAACCGAAUCCAGCACUGAUUUUAAUUACUUUCUUAUCACAAAUGUUGGUAUAUGUCGUAAAAAUGGAUAUACUAUGCGUAAGUUAUUGAUGGUUUAUUCGUGUCAAGAUGCAAAGGAAAAAUUGGAAAAACGCAGCUUUUAUACGAUCUAUCAUUAUUGGUUCCCAGACUGGCCAGAUCAUCGCUCUCCAGAAGAUAUAGAUGUGCUGCUAGAUAUGAGUCUCGAUAUUCUCGACAAUGAUUGCUCUAAGGAUUUUGACCUUGAUUCUGAUCGAGUAGAAAACGAUGAGCGUAUUUGUUCGUUGCCGAUUAUUCAUUGUUCGGCAGGUAUUGGAAGAACGGGCUGCUUGCUUGCAAUUGUAAACGGCUUGAGUCAAAUGCGUUCAUCCGCCAAUACUAGCAAGACAGCAGACAAACCUAUGAAAAAGGACCCGGAGAACACAGAUUCUGAACCGCGAAGACCGCCAAUAGAAAAUCAACAGCAACCCAGCUCGUGCAUAACAACCGACGGCCAAAUGUGUGUAGAUAUUCUCGGUAUUGUUUGUAACCUUAGGUUGCAGCGCGGUGGAAUGGUGCAGAAUUCUGAACAGUACGAGCUAAUUCAUAGGGCAUUGUGUUUGUAUAUGCAGAAAUUGAGCCUUUAAUUGAGCAGCAUUUAUAAAGAAAAUAACAAACGCUAGUUAAUGAGAUAGUUAAUGGACAUGGCUCAGAUUGUUAUAUUAUACAAAAUGACAACUUACCAAAGAAUAUACGAUUCCUAAGUUUAGGAAAAUAAGAAUACAUUUUCAUAAUUUAAAAUCCGUCAUGAAAAGAGUAAAUUAUGCAUUGAUGCUAAAAUAUUGACAGAAUAUUAAUUUAUAAUUUUCUUCAUAAUGGAUAAUGUUUCAGAGUAUGUGGAUUCGAUACGAUACACAUUUAUUGUAAUAUAACCAGUAUUGAGUACAUAAA